AUGAAGGGCACCCGGCUGAGAACCAACCCCAACACGUACUACAAUGGUUUGGUGGCUGUCCGCCACGCCGUCCGGGCGCCGGCAAGCUACGAGCUGAAGGCCAGCCUCAAGUCGCGGCUGCUUGACGCGCCGGCUGUGGCGCCGCCAACACGGCGAGGCCUGUAUCUUGAUGAGACUGUGUCGUUGGGUGCAAAGGAGGGCAUCGAGGAGAGUGAGGCGGCGGAUUCCGGGCGAGCUGAGCAGAGCAGGGUCCUGCCGCCGCAGGUGGUGGUGGUCGAGCCGGACGAGCACGAGCUGGCCCCAUUCGAAAAGGACACGGCCGCAGCGCUUAUCGGCGACCCGCCGGUCUUUAUGAAGUCGCGCAACACCAUCGAGAGUGCUCGCUUUACUCGCAGGUCGCAGGCAGGGCGCGAUGCGCUGCUGGAGAAGGAGCUCAUGCGGUCGGCGCUCGCCCGGCGGCGGCAGGAGCCGGCAGAUCUUGACGAGACGCUGACGCUCAACGAGGGUGGCGCGUUUGCGCCUGAGUCGUACGCGUCUAUUGCGCCCAAGAACGGCGGCUCGCUCGGCGCCCGCCGCUUUGCCCAAGUCUCGCGCUCCAGCGGGCGUAAGCCGUACCCGACCCGCUACGAGCGCGCGUAUCCCAUCGCAGGCUACGCAGGCCACAUUCCGACAACCAACGCACUGCUCGAGGCGGGUUACACCAACAUGCUGCGGAUUGACGGCAACCGCGACUUUGGCUACGGAUCAUGA